UUACAAACCCUAACCCUGCACCUUUGUCUCUCUUCACUCGCCUCCUCGCUUCCAUUUGAGCUGAACUGAACAUAAACAGAAGCGGCGGCCGCUCCUUUUCUCAGCUUGCACUUGAAAAUGGUGAGAGUCAGUGUUUUGAACGAUGCACUGAAGAGCAUGUACAAUGCCGAAAAGAUUGGGAAACGACAGGUCAUGAUCAGGCCUUCUUCGAAAGUGAUCAUCAAGUUUCUUAUGGUUAUGCAGAAACAUGGAUACAUUGGAGAAUUUGAGUACGUAGAUGACCACAGAUCUGGAAAGAUUGUGGUCGAACUGAACGGAAGGCUGAACAAAUGUGGUGUUAUCAGCCCUCGAUUCGAUGUUGGUGUCAAAGAUAUCGAGCCCUGGACCGCAAGACUUCUCCCAUCAAGACAGUUUGGAUAUAUUGUGCUGACUACAUCUGCUGGAAUCAUGGACCACGAAGAAGCACGUAGGAAGUCUGUUGGAGGCAAAGUGCUCGGUUUCUUUUACUGAAGGGGUUGUUAAUUUGGUUGUCUCUCAUUAGUUUUGUUGGAAGAAGUUUUGCAGUUGAAUUUGCAUCCGAGACAUUUAAGAGGCUUUUCUUAAUUUAUUUGAUGAAAUCGAAUAUUAAAUUUCCUAGUUGUUAGAAGAAAUGCUAGUGUCUGUUUUAUUACGUUGCUGAUAUAAAUUGCUCUUUUGUUUGAUGUGAUGUUGAACUAAUUUGCUGGUUUUUAAUUGGGAUUACAGUCAAAUUUAUCUUAAGCAAUUUGUUUUGGUUUUGCCUUU